AUGAGCUCCAAUACCUGUUAUAGAUGUAACCGGACUGGGCAUUUCGCUAGAGAAUGCCCAAAUGGUGGUGGAGGAGGAGGUGGAGGUGGAUUUGGAGGUCGUGGUCGAGACAAAUGUUAUAAAUGUAAUCGUUAUGGUCACUUUGCAAGGGAUUGUAAAGAAGAUCAAGACAGAUGUUACAGAUGCAAUGGAGUGGGACACAUUGCUAAGGACUGUCAACAAAGUGCUGAUGAGCCUUCUUGUUACAACUGCAACAAAACUGGGCACAUAGCUAGGGAAUGUCCCGAACAAAGAGAUGGUUCUAGAGGUGGGUUCACCUCAGCUUGUUAUAAUUGUAACAAAACUGGGCACAUGGCCCGAGCAUGUCCUGAUGGAUCUAGGUCCUGUUACAGUUGUGGGAAGACAGGACACAUUAGUCGUGACUGCGAUAAGAAUGACUGA